AAAUCAUUUUGUUUGCUGUCUACAUAUAAAGCCGCUGCUUAGACAAACCCUCGCAGGACGCGUGUCGGUCAGCGUGGACCGACGCGGCCGGUGGGCUUCGAAACGCGAGCGGGAGACGUAUAUGAACCGGAGGAGGACGCCGACGAACACCCGUCUGUCUUCCUCCCUCCGAUCGCCCGUCGACGCCGUCUUCUUCUCUCUGGGUUUUGAUCGUUUCUGAAUCGUUUGGGGGAAGAGAGUCAUUUGUUAUUGGACUCGUGGAACUCGGUUCACCGCCAUGGUCGAUGCCAUGGGCACCGGCACGUCCCUCAUCGCUCACCACCUGCUCUACCAAAGGUCUCCUUCCGAAGAUGUGAGCUUUAAGCGGCGGCAGCUCGCCUCGUGCCGGCUGCCCGUCCCCAGCCGGCUCAUGGAUUCGACUGUCAAGUUGCUGGCGAAGGAAAAGAACCCUUCCAGGCAGAGGAUAUCCGGCGAUCUCGCUUACACAACCGAUUCCACCGGCCUGAGUCCUGGUAGGACGUGGCCUCCCGUGAACAAGGCCGACGACCCGAUGAUCCACAACCCGCUGCUCCGUCAAGAAAGGAUGGGCUGUGGUUGGCUUGCCGUGAUCUUCGAAUGGGAAGGGGUGAUCGUCGAAGACGACGACCCUGAGUUGGAGUACCGGGCCUGGGUGGCGUUGUCCCAAGAAGAAGGGAAGUCGCCGCCCCUGGCCUUCGUUCUGAGGAGAAUAGAAGGAAUGAAGAGCGAGCAAGCCAUCUCCGAGGUUCUUUGCUGGUCACGAAACCCUACGGAGAUCAGGAGAUUGGCCUCUCGGAAGGAGGACAUACGCCAAAGCUUUAAGAAUGGCGGUCUCUGUCAUCUCCGAUCCGGGUCGCGGGAGUUCAUGAGUACCCUUGCGAACCACAAGAUUCCACUGGCUGUGGCGUCCACGCGACGGAGGAAGGCUCUUCAGGGCGAAAUCGAGGCUGUCGGUGCGCAGAGCUUCUUCGAGGUGGUCGUGGCAGCAGAGGAAGUGCACAGGGGGAAACCUGAUCCGGAGAUGCUCAUCCACGCCGCCCGGCUUCUGGGUUUUUUGCCGGAGCGGUGCAUCGUGUUUGGGAACUCGAUAUCAACGGUGGAGGCAGCGCAUGAAGCCGGUAUGAAGUGCGUCGCAGUCGCAAGUAAGCAGCCGGUGUACGAGCUCCGCGCAGCCGACCUUGUGGUGAGGCGCCUUGAUGAGCUAUCGGUCGUCGACCUGAAAAAACUUGCAGACGUCGAGUCUCCCGAGUUGGAACCAGGAGAGGACCGGGGUGGAAGCCAAAGAUGAGGAGGGCCGACCCCAUCUUCGUCGUCGCUUUGGUGCGCACUGACGAUCUUCUAUACCUUGUGAUAGCACAGUAUGUUCAGUAAUGUUCAUUUCAAGGCCACAA